GACAGGAAUGAAGGGGAAUGGUGGCGAAUGAUGGGGAAUGACACCCAAUGACAGCAAAUGAUGCCAAAUCACAUAAAUACAAGAAAAAUAUAUAGUCCGAAUUGGCAGUUUGGUGUAUAUAGAACAUGAACGUAUUACCGAAUAACAGAUGUAGAGGAUAAGGUUUUAGCGUUUUAUGUCGUUUAAAAGCGAUGGCUCAGUGAAAAAUGGGGAAUAACUGGAAUUCUGCUGUACUUAUAAGUCUUCUAUCAAGUGUCUCACUCACAAUAGCAUCAAAUAUUGCAGGAUGUAAUGACACUGAGAUUUCAAUCACCAUGCACAAUGCAACAUCAUCUGGGAAUCUCUCAAGCCCUAAGUAUCCAGACUGGUUCCCAGGAAACGCUUCAUGCGUCUGGAUUCUCACCUGCCCACCAGGAAGACUAAUCAAACUUUACUUGAAUGAAGUAAUAUUCAAUAACUCCAGCAAAAAACACUUGUACCUUGAAAUCCGUGAUGGUGUGAAAGCUUCUAGUCCACUCAUCUUGAACAUUACUGCUGAAGAGUCCAAACUAAAAGAAAAUAAUUUUGCGCCUAUUAUUUAUUCAUCUGGACAAAAGUUGUCUCUUCAUUUGAAAAAAGGAUUAAGAGAAGCUAAUGGUAGUGUGCGUUUUCGUAUUUCUUACAACUCCACAAAACCAGGCAAAUCCUGUUCAGCCAAAAACACUGAUGACGAGAAUAACAACAUACUCUUGACAACUCCAUUCCUGUUGACCACGGGAGCAGACUUGCCCUCUGAAGUGGAUUGCACUUGGAAAAUAACACCAAGUAUAUUGGGUAUCCUAAUGAACAUCACCCUGAACAUAAACAAGAAUCUUUUGUGUAGAACAGGGAAUGUUUCUAUCUUUGAUGGACCUUAUGGCCCAGCUAGUAAGCUGAAACAUAGUCUUUGCCAAGAAUCGGGAGGAGUAUCAUUAUUUACCUCUGAUGUUGGUUUGUCUUUUCAAUUGAAGUCUUCAAAUUUCAGCUCUUUUCUUCAAAUUCAAGCAACUGAGGAUGAUUGCAUUGAGGAGACAAAUUCUAGAUACAUGACAAAAAAUUUCCAUAAAGGAUUACAACCCUUGUCAAGGACUCGAUGCCAGAGGAAAUUCAGCAAUCCUUCAGGUCCUUUGUAUAUUCAAUUCUUCUACUUUCAAUUACCUGAUGGAUGUGAGAAUAACAGUGUACAAUUGUUCGAAUUCCAUAAACAUUCCAACAAAUCGACACUGAGGGCCAAAUUCUGUCCACCAUUGGAAUGGUGGCCUGACAUUAUCAUCUACAGUGGACAAGCAUUAAUCAAGGUCCAAACAGAAGCUUCUAGUAAAAUUAACUUCAAGUAUGGAUUCUUUACUUAUAUUCAUCCAAGUCUUCGUCUCCCUAGUAUUCCGUAUUGCUCACAGUAUAAUAGUCCAGAAGAAAAUGCAAACCUUAUACUCACUGCUCGUAAAGAUUACAUUAGUUCACCAGGCAUGAAAUAUUCCUAUCCCCCUGGGAUGUUUUGCAAAUGGAUAAUUUUACCUUACAACAUAACUGAGAAAGAACAGAUAAGGAUUAAGUUUGACAAAUUCGAUUUCUCCAAGGGAUAUGACAAGGAUUGUAAUCAAGAUCAUAUUCAGCUUGACUUUGGUAAUGGAAGAGUACAGAGAUACUGCAAGGCAACUGGUGAUCCACGGAUCAUUUAUUCAGGGGAUGCAAAGAGCUUGAAUGUAACAUUUGUAUCCACACCCCUGUACACUGCAAAUCGGGGCUUCUUGAUCACAUAUGAUGUAGUUCUGAUUGUUCCUGCACCCCCUCUUCGUCAAUUUUUCUCGUGGACUGUCAUUGGUGUUCUGAUUGGAGCGGGCUGCCUUCUUAUCGCAUGUAUUGCAUUCGGCAUUUAUCGAUGGAAAAGGAAAAAACAACACGAUAAGGUCAUGCAACGAAUCACAAACGAAAGGGAUGAGCAAGAAGACACCCUCCCAGAUGAAGUGGCGACGGCCACGCCCACACAUCAGGGCCCCCCUCCCCCAUACACAGGGAUAGGCGAAGAAUCCUAUCUGAUGCAGCAACCUAAAGAAGACCAACCCUAUCCGUGGUUUAGCCCUGGUACGACUGUCAUGGAACACAGCCCACGCGAAAGAAGACCUGGACCCGAAAUGGAAUCGGAAGUGUAACAAUGUAAAUCGAUGUUUCAAUCAAAACCAAAAACUACUGUCAAUAUGUCGGCUCCAUCCGCCAUGCUUGAAAGUCUCGUUUCACAAGAGCAACUAGAAUAUAACCGAGCGACUCUAAAGCAAGCUUGCGGCUCAAUCCGAAAGCUUUCAUCUAAUAAAUUGAAAACUUUACAGUUACACAGAUUACAAACUGUGUGAUGGUCUGGUUAUGGCUGUGGGCUGGCGACAAGUUUCUGCAAAUCAAAAUACAAAUGACAUUAUUGCAUACUGGUUUAAUAUCGUGUUAUUUAAAGCAUAGUGUUGUGUAAAGUGUAUACAGUUUGCAGGAAAAAUAUUAUAUAUAAAGGUC